UCUUACUGCUUUGUGUCUGUAUGUUUGUUGCAAACUGGGCGGCCGUUGAUCUUCCAUAUGGAAAGGUGGCCUAGAAGGAUGCAGGGGAAGCAAUGUAUUUCUAGGAUGUGAUGUUUUCCAACACCCGGCUGUUCUGCAAGAUGGCAGAAGCUCACAGCGUUUCCUGCGUAAUCUCUUGGAUUUACUGAAUAAUGCUUGGCUCUUUUAGGGAGUAUUUGCACACUCUCAACUCACUUGUCGUUAAUGGACAGGCUUUGGGAAAAUAGUAGGUUUUAAUGAAACAUGGAUCAUCCAGACUAUGGAUAUGCUCGAGAACUUUAUAGUCGGUAUGUCCGAAACCAGGACAGUUCAGUCGUAAACAAAAUGCAACAAAGGUAUUGGAAGACGAAGCAAACGUUUAUUAAAGUAACUGGAAAGAAAGAAGAUGAGCAUGUUGUUGCAUCAGAUGCCGACCUUGACUCUAAAUUAGAGAUAUUCCAUUCCAUCCAGAGAACAUGUAUGGAACUUCUGAAGAUCAUUGAACAGUACCAGAAACGGAUUUGUUUUUUAUCUCAGGAAGAAAAUGAAUUGGGACGAUUCCUUAGAUCACAGGGUUCACAGGAUAAAACCAGAGCAGGGAAAAUGAUGCAGGCAUCUGGAAAAGCACUAUGUUUCUCUUCACAACAAAGAUUGGCACUUCGCAGUCCUUUAUGUCGGCUGUACCAGGAGGUGGAAACUUUUAGGUACCGUGCCAUUUCUGAUACUUGGUUGACUGUGAACCGUAUGGAACAGUCUCGCACAGAAUAUCGGGGAGCAUUACUGUGGAUGAAAGAUGUUUCUCAGGAAUUGGAUCCUGAUAUGUAUAAGCAUCUUGAAAAGUUUAGGAAGGUCCAGGGCCAAGUUCGUCAUGCGAAGAUUCACUUUGACAAACUAAAGAAUGAUGUGUGCCAGAAAGUGGACCUUCUUGGAGCAAGUCGAUGCAAUCUUCUUUCUCAUAUUUUAGCAACAUAUCAGACAACAUUACUCCAUUUCUGGGAAAAGACAUCUCACACAAUGGCAGCUAUUCAUGAAAGUUUCAAAGGCUACCAGCCAUAUGAAUUUGCAAUGUUGAAGGUUUUGCAAGGACCUGUAAAUAAAUUGAUAGAGCAAGCAUCACAGGAAGAUAAUGAUGCAAAGGUAGAUGUGGCAAAGGAUGCAUCUGACCAGGAUAAUGAACUUAUCUCAUUAGAAGAAGAAAAGGAGGAUCAAGAAUGCAGCACUUCAGAAACUCCUCUUUCCCUUGUAAUGGAAAACGAAGCCUUUUCAUCUUUGGAGCCAAUGUCUUCAAGCAAUCAACAUAAAUCAGAGUCUAUAGAUGAUUUGUUAGAUUUGAAAAAGGAAGAAAAAGGAUCUCUCCCUGUGAGUGCUUCAACAGGUCUGCUGACCAACCCCAUGGAAUCUCGCACAAAUGAGAAGGAUGAAAUGGCACUACUGAAUGAAAUCCUAAAUGGUACUUCACUUGAGGAAGGUGACUUUAGCAAGGAAUGGCAGGCAGUAUUUGGAGAAGAUCUCAGUUUCCCCAACAAUCCAGCAGCUGGAGAAUCAGACCAAUUGCCAUCACCUUCAGGCUUCCUUCCUUCUCAGUUGUUUGACAAAAGCUUGGGUAAUGCAUCAUUUUCAGUUGCCAGUUGGGCAGCAGCUGGUGGUAGUUCUCCGCCUACAUCCCAAACUACAGAACAAAUAAAUGGAUUGAUCGAAAACAUCAAUAAGAAUCCAUUCAAAGCUGCUCAGAAAAACCCAACUGACCUGACUACGUGGUUUAAUCUUUUCGCUGAUUUGGACCCAUUAUCAAACCCAGAUGCUAUUGGACGAACUGACAAACAGCAUGAACUUCUUAAUGCAUGACACAUACCUAAAUAGCCAAUUGUCUGUAAUCACGACUAUAAUAUUGUAAUCUUUAGUAAAUCUAUCACUGUUGAGUACUCGAGCCUAAUUUUCUAAUAUUUCAGUCAGAAUGGAAACUGCUAUGAAAAUGGUCCAGCGUUUUUAUCAGCACAGGAACUGAAAAUCUGUUUUAAAAAAAUAAAUCUGUAAGUUUUGAUGUCUUCAUGCCAAAAAAAGUAGAGUAAUUAAGUGGUUUUUUUUUUCUCUAAAUAAGCAUAAUGUGGUUAUUUUAUCUUCUACAAGAGUAAACCUGCUGAGUUCCUAAAGAAUGCAGCAAUGUAAUGAGGCCAUUUACCAAUUAAGGCUCACCCUUAUCCUGUGCCUCUCUCUUCUUCUAGACUGACCAUAUUUCCUUAUCCACCCUCAGUUACAAAGUGGAACUUUUUAAAAAAUCAUUUAUCAUGAUUAGCUAUAAAUGUGAUAAUUGCUACUUCAUAAAAUGUGUACAAUGUGGCAUCUUUUUUAGUUAAUCCUCUCCAUAAUGGGUCACCUUCUGAACUUUAUUUUGUUCACGUUCUCUAAAUAUUUUGCAGUAGUAAAAAAAACCAAUUUCAUUACAGGCUUUUCUUUGAGGUAACUCAUUGGGCUUUAUAGUUCAUUUCUGAAGAAAAUUAUAAGGUAGGAGUACUUGUAGCACCAGGCUCAGUAUCAAUAUCAAUACGUGCAGUAUCAACAUUGAUAGAAAUUGAACAUGUUGUCAAAAUCUGACGUGAAGCAAGUCCAACAUUGCUUUCUAAAAUUUGGCCAAUUUCUGAGAUCACAGGAUGAAAAUUGGAUUUUUCAUUUUUGAUUUUUUUUUCAAUGUUAUUAUAUUAACCAUAGUUUCUUUGAUGAGUGCCACAUACAUGCUCAAAACUACACACCGGUUUAUAGUCCAACAGGUUCAUUUGGAAGCACAAAUUUUGGAGCAUUGCUCCUUCAUCAGGUGGUUAAAGAAGGAGCAGCACUCCAAAAGCGAGUGCUUCCAAACAAACCUGUUGAUUAUAACCUGGUGUUGUGUGAUUUUUAACUUUGACCACCCCAGUUCAACACCAGCCCCUCCAAAUCAUGGCAUGCAUGCUCAGCAGCAAUUCCCAAUGCAAACUUUUCUCUGCCUGGCAAAGGUUAUAUCAUUGAUACCUUUUUCAGAGUGGGAUGUGUGGUAGAAACUUAUACAUAUUUUCUAGGCGAGUAACAAAAGAAACAGGAUGAAAUGUUGGGUUGUAAUGUUCUGCAACCACUCAGUAAUUAGAUAUUGGUAUUACACUAUUGAUGUAAUUAGUUUUCCUGACAGCUUUCCAAAACAAGUGUUGAUCCUUUUUCAUGUAUAAAUCUGAGCCUCGUGGCUGGAGCCACUGAGGAAUUGAUUAUCACUCAGGAGAAUAGGUGAGAAUUUACUCUCAAUUCUUCACUUCCCUCUGUCGUCACCAGCAAAGCGUAAGUAUUUUUAAUUGUUGCUUCACCCACUUGUCAUAGCACUAAUCAAAGACAAGUUCUGGAAAGGCGAGUGGUCAAAUAUUACUUCCUUCAAAUAUAUAAAACUGCAUGUGGAGACAUAAAAGACCACCCACCAAAGUGAUGAAAAUUAGGCUGCAGAUGAAAUUUCAGGGCAGCAUUAGCUUUCCUAGCUUUGUCUCAUGUGAUCAGUGUGCUGCCAGGGAUUAAACAUAAGUCAUUGCAAAUUAGAAUUUCAGGGUCUUCCAAAGGUUUCGUGAAGUGCUAGGAGAGGCAAGUAGCACCAAGAUAGAGAAUAGUAAGUGGAAUUAGAGCAAGUAUGAAUGUACUGAAGUUUAAAUCAGUGUUACAUUGCAUGCAUGUGGAUGUAUGAAGUAUAAUUAAUAAAACUGUGGAUUUACAGGCACAUAUUACCUUGUAAGAUUUUGAUGUGGGAAUAACAGACACUUGUCUUAAGGAAAAACAGAACUGUAUUUUAAAUAUUCCUCAUUACAAGAUGUUUGGGAAAGCUAGGAAAGGAAAAAAAAGGAGGAGCAGUGAUUCUGGCACAGAGUAUUGCAUGACUGUAAAUAAGGAAUGUUUUGGAGGGUUCAAAGAAUAAAUUGAUUUGGCUAGAGCUAAGGAAUAAAAAGGAUGGCAAUUGUUCAAAGUAAUAUAUAAACCACCAGUUAGUGGGGAUGAUAUGGUGGAACAAAUUUUCAAAGAUUAAACAUUAUAAAUUAGUUUCCAAUAUGGGACUUUGAUUCCAAUAUUAUCAUUAUUCUAGUCAAUAUGCAAGUAAUUGGAGAAGGACAAGCAUUCCAAGAUGGUGUUCAAAAGAAUUUUGUCCAGCAGUAAAUUGAUUGAUUGAUACAUUGUCACGUGUACCUAAGUACAGUGAAAAACUUCAUUUUCGAGCAAUACAGGCAGAUCAUAGUAAGCAAGGACUUUCAGAUAAUAGGGUGAAAAAAAACCUAGACAGAAGCACAGGUUACACUGCACAGGGCAUGUGCUAGGUAAGAUCAACAUUAGCAUUAUUUAAAGUUAGAGUAUCCAUUCAUCAAUCUAAUAAUUUCAGGGAAUAAGCUGUCCUUGAACCUGUUGAUGCAUGUGUUCAAGCUUCUGUAUCUUCUGCCUGAUGGAGGAGGUUGUAGGAGAGUAUUACUCGGGUGUGAUGGGUCUUUGAUGAUGUUGGCAGCCUUUCCGUGGCAACGAGCCAUGUAAAUGGAGUCCAUGGAUGGAAGGUUGACUUCCGUGAUCAUCUGGGCAGAGCAAUUCAGGUAGUUAUGCACCCGAACUGUAUGCUUUCUGUGGUGCGUCUGUGAAAGUUGGUGAGGGACCUAUUGGACAUGUCAAAUUUCCUGAGCUGCCUGAGGAAGAAGAGGCAUUAUUAUGCCUCCUUGAUUGCCACAUCUACAUGGGAAAUCCAGGACAGGUUGUUGGUUAUCGUCACUCCUAGGAACUUGAUGCUGUCAACCUCAGCUGCGUUGAUAUAGAUGAGGUGUCUUUUCCUCCCCUCUUUCUGAAGUCAAUGAUCAGUUCUUUGGUUUUGCUGACAUUGUGCAGUGAGAACAACCACUCUCCCAAUGACACCAAGCCCUCUAUCUCCCUUCUGUAUUCUGACUUGUCAUUGUUUGAUAUCUGACCUACCACAGUGGUGUCAUCAGUGACCUUGCAGAUGUGCUCAUUCAGAAUUUGAUCCACAGUCAUGAGUGUACAAGGAGAACAAUAGGGGGCUGAGAACGCAUCCUUGGGGGCUCCAUUGUUGAGUAUUAUGGUGGAGGAUACCUUCACUGAUGUUAUGUGCAGUCCAGCAGGAAAGGAGACACAGCUGGACGUGGUUCUUGGGAAUAACUUAGCCAAGAAGAUCAAAUCACUGUGAAUGAACAUUUAGUGUGACAGUAAUCAUUGAAUCACAAGCUUUAGGGCAAUGGUAGAAAAAUCACUUUGGUCAGGCCAGAGGGAGAAUGAUCAACUGGCAGACAGUCAACAUCCAUUGAGCAAGAGUGAACUGGGUCAGCUAGACUUAAAGCAAAGGUCAGGAAAUGCAGCAGCUAACAAUGCACUACCUACAAAGAACAGAUUAUUUGGGCAUGAUUAAAAGGAAAAAGUAGGAUAAAUAAAUCCAGAAUACCAUGAAUGACGCACAAAUUAAGUUAAAGAAAAGUAUGCAUAUUACAGGCAUCAGGUAGUAAAUACAGCUGAGAACCAACCUGAAUAGAAAAGGGAUAAGAAAAAGCAAAUAAGAAAUGCUAAGAAGCAUUAUUAAAAAAGACUAGAAGCUAACAUAAAAGGAAAUCCCAAAGUCCUCUAUAACUGCAUCAAAAGUAAAGGGGUGGUUAGAUGAGAAUCAGAGAAUCCCUACAGUGUGGAAACACCGUUUGGCCCAACAAGUUCACACUGACCCUCUUAAGAGCAACCCAUCCAGACCCAAUCGCCCAUCCUGAUAGCCUAUAUUUACUCCUGAAUAAUGCACUUUACCUACACAUCUCUGAACAUUAUGGGCAAUUUAGCAUAGCAAAUUCACCCAACUCCCACACUUUUUGGACAGUGGAAGGAAACAGAGCACCUGGUGAAAACCUACGCAGACACAGGGAAAAUGUGCAAACUCCACACAGUUGUCCGAGGCUGGAAUUGAACCUGGGUCCCUGGCGCUGUGAGGUAGCAGUGCUGACCACUGAGCCAGCAUGCUGCCCAGUGACUGAUUGGGGACCAAAACGGCAAGAGACAUGGCUGAGCUGUUAGUGGAAUACUUUGGACCUGCCUUAUCUAUGAGGUAAGUACUAUCGAGCCCAUAGUAACAGAGGAGGUAACACAGUCAUGAGAAGGGUUUAAAAUUGAUAGGGACAAGGUAUGGAAAAGCUGUCAGUACCUAAAGUUGAUAAUUCACUAGAACCGCAUGAGAUGUAUCCAUGGUUAUUGAAGAAAGUGAGUGGAAAUUGCAGAGAUGCUAGCCAUAACCUUUAAAACAUCAUGGUUUUAAGGGUGGCACUGGAGGAUCGGUGAAUUGCAAACAUUAUAUAGCCUUGUUCAAAAUGGUUGUGCGGAUCAGCCCAGCAAAGACAAACCAAUCAGUUUAAUUUCAAUUGUGAGGCAAGUUAAUAGGCACAUGGAAAAAUGUGAUUGAUUCAGACUUGGCACAGAUUUGUUAAGGGAAAAUGAUGUCUAAUUAAUUGUUUGAGGUAUUUUUUGAAGUGAUACAUUGAGGGUUGGUGAGGAGAAUGCUAUGGUUGGUGUCUGUAAGACGUUUGAUGCAGUGUGUUAUGAAGAUAUGGGUGUACUAUACCUUUUAAGAGUUAAAAGCUAGCAAAGCUGCCUGACAGCAGUAAGUGUUCUGAAAAAAAAAUGUAACAUUCAGUCGAACAGCUCGAUUAGCUGGUUGCUUGGAUAUUGUUAUGUUGGUGAAGUGGGUGGAUCAGUGAUAAAUCAUGCUUAAUAUGGAGAGGUAUGAGGUGAUGUACUUCGAUAUUUGGUGCAAAGAACAUGGAGAGAUAACAUAAAAUAAAGGUAUUAUUGUGAAAGGUGUGCAGGAGCACAAAACCCUGAAUGUGUAUGUAGAAAGACAUUCAAGGUGGCAAAAUAGGAAGAAAGAACUCUAGUAAAGCAUACAGUUUUUUAGACUUUGUGAACAGGGGUGUAGAUUACAGAAGCAAGGCUGAACUUAUCCAAGAUAUUAGUCCUCAGCUGGAGUACAGUGUACACAAUUCUGUGAAUGCAUUGGAGAGUGCAGGUGAGGUUUACAAUACUGGUUCCUGGAAUGAGACACUUCAGUUAUGAAAAAAGACUGGAGACGUUGGGACAAUUUACAAUGGAAGGGGGAACGCUGACUGGUGAUUUGUUCAGGUUUUCAAAAUGUAAGUGUUGGGACAACAGAUAUGGAGAGAUUGUUCCCGCUUAUGAAAGGAUUGAGUACCAGAGGGCACAGUUUAAAAGAGUUUUGCAAAAGAAGCAGAUGCAAGAUGAGAAAAAUAAACAAUUUCACACAAAGUCAUAAGGCCUAGAAUUGCACUGCCUGGAAAUGUAGUGGAGGCAGGUUCAGUUUAGGCAUCAGAUAGGGAAUCGAAAAUUGUUUUAAAGAAAAGCCGUGCGCAGGGUUAUGGGAAAAGGCAGAUUGGCACUAAUUGAAAUGCUCAGACAGCAGAUGUGCAGACGAGAUGGGUUCAAUGGCCUGGUCUGGACUUCAGUGAUGCUGUAAAUCUACAACACCUGUAAAUUGUCAUUUCAGUUGAUCCAAUCCAACACAUUUUCUUUUUCAAGUACUAGAACCAUGCAUAAUAUUCCAAAUGUGCUCUCAACAGUGCGCUGUAUAGGUUGAGCAUAACUUUAUUUCAUUUACAAUUCAUUUCUAGAGCAUCAGUUUAUAUCGUGAUUCAACCAUUAUUCAGCAGCUAAUUCCAUUUUGGAACUGGAAACUGGUUCAAGUAAAUGGUGUAUUUUAAGUUAAUAUAAACUAAUUUCACUACCUUAUUUUAGUGCAGAAAAAGUAAUGAUAUACAUGGUAGUAUGUUUCUGAUAGUAAUAUUAUGUAGCACAUUUUUUAGCCUCAAAUGUUAUUCUCGCUAAAACUUGCAUCAUGUUGAAUCUAUGUGAGAACAAUACAGCACAGAAGGAAUCCAUUCAACCACCAUGCCUGUGACACCUCUUUCAUAGGACUCUGCAGUUGUUCCCACUCUCCUGCUCUUUCCCCAGAAGAUUUUUUUUUCUUUUCAAGGACACAUCCAAUUAUGUUUAAAUGUUGCCAAUAACAGUAAUCUGCUUUCACCAUCCUUGCUUGCAGUGAAUUCCAGAUCAUCAUUUCUGCAUGCAAAUAAAUUCUCAUUUCCCUUCUUUUGCCAAUUAUCUUAAAUUUCUGUCCUUUGGUUAAAUAAAAUGGACCAGUUUCUUCCUCUUUAUCAAAAUCUUUCAUCAUUUUGAACAUUUCUAUUAAAUUUCCCUGUAUCUGUAUCAAACAGAACAAUUCCAGCUCCUAUAUUCUAUCCACAUAAUUGAAAUAUAACAACCCAGGUACCAUUCAAGUAAACCUCCUGUGCCUCUUCUUGGCGUUCUUCGUAAAAUAUGAUUCUCCAAAUUGUACAGUAUCCAAGCUAAUAUAAUAGUUUUGUACAAUUUAUUUUUAUGUUCUUUUCCUUUAUUUAUAAUGUAAAGGAUCUUUCGUGCUUUUUUGCAGCCACCUUAACCAGUCCUGCAACCUUCAAAGCUUUAUAAAUGUUAACUGUAGAUGUACACUUUUAAAAUUAUAUAUUGUUUAUGUUGCCCAUCCUUUGUCUUCCUACCAAAAUACACCACUUCACACUUCAAAUAAACAUGACAAUCGGUGGAUGCAUUUUGGAUGAAUUCAGGGCUGUGGAACGAGGCUCAACUUCAACUGAUAAAAAUGGUGAUUGCAUUUAAUAGAUCAUUUUCAUGUAGGAUUUAAUGUAAUUGCAGAGCAUUGUCACCAUGUUGACGGAAUGAUAUUUCUGUUCUGAGGCAACUGUUAUUUUGCAAUGUUACAGUUAGAUAAUGUGAACCAUUAUUAGAAUGUUUUAUUUCAGAUCUGUGUGACAACUUGCAGAACAUUUAAAAGGAUCGUUGAAUGCAUUUCUACAAUUAAUAAAUGACAAUUAAUUAAAUGAUGACCGAAAGUUUGAAAGCCUUCCUCAAAGUAGGAAUUCCUGUA